AUGGUGGAGAUGAAACUCUAUAGGAGGAGUCUGAACAAGCUCAGGGGUUGGGCCAAGGCCAGAGAAGCCAGUUCCAAGAAGGCUGGACAAACGGUGACCCCAGCAGUGAUCCUGAGGGACAAGGAGUACACGGACCCUCUCGGGGUCGCAGCCACCUCACCAGAAAUGGGCACAAGAAAUAACCCCGAAGAUCUCAUCGCCAUCCCCCUACCCCCAUCUUCCCUCCUGGACUUGGAGACCCAGCUCCCUCACCCCCUCCUCCGAGAAGGCCUCGGGGAUCCUCCAGGAACCUCAAAGCACCAGAGCAGCGUCUCCUCAAGCUUUGAGCGCGCAUUCCGCUUGUCACCCCACAGCAAGGUGAGCGGGAAUGUGGCCGCCUCUGUGGUCCCUUCACAAGGACACGGGUUCCUGUAUGAAACCUCCGGGGUCCGGCCGCGGUUCUCCGGGAGGGUCGCCUCCUUUGGUGCUUCACCCACGACCCCCACCCGAUUUGCCCUGGUGGGCGUCCACGCGCUCCUCGUCUCCCGGAGCGACCGUGACCUGAGGGACGCCAUGCAGGAGGCCCAGGUGACUCAGUUCGUGUAGCGAGGGUCCCCAUCCCCUUCGGCUCAGCAGGAAAUCUGCACGCACGUCUUGGACCAGUUUGGCUACUGCUCGGAGGGCUUUUCCUGGGAUGGCUCAGCCGUCUUCCCAGAACCACCCGUCAUUAGGAUAUAUCCCGGCACGAUUCGUCCCGUCUCUCGGCACAUCAGAUACUACGCCAUGGCCCUACUGAACAACGUGAAGGAGCGGGCCGCCUGGUUCCGAACACCGCACGUCCUCUGGCCCUGGGGCUGUGACAAGCAGUUCUUCAACGCCUCGCUCCAGUUUACCAACAUGGACCCUCUGAUGGAAUUCAUCAACUCUAACUCUCCGUCCAAGCUUGGCAUCUCUGUGGAGCACGCCGCACUGGCCGACUACUUCCGUGCCAUGCACACUCACAAUGUCACCUGGAACAUCCACGACCCGGACUUCCUGCCCUAUUCCUCAGACGUCCACUUUCCAGAUGAGAACACUGAGGAGGCCUGUGGUCACAGGCAAGUGCAUGUGGACGUGGGCCAAGGCAAGGACCGUGACAGUGUUCAGCCGGGGGCUUCAGGAAGCUUUCGGGCCAAAUUUACGCAGAGGAGACGGGAGGGUGGCUGGAGCAUUCCAGCAGCUUUUAUAGGAAGACUGGGUGGCAGAGACGAACCUGGGACGGGACCCAUCCAGAUGUCUGUUUCUUGCCCAAGCCAGGGGACUCAGGCAGUGGGUGUCCACAAGGUCACCAGCCCCUCUGAGACUCAGUUUCCUCUUGUGAAAAGUGGGAGGGACCCUCACCUUCUCCACAGGCACCUGGCGAGAGGGAAGGAGAGCCAGCACCUGGGAGGUGAGCGGGUGCUCUGGAGAGGCGGGUCCCGAUCCCAUGCUUCCCCUACUCUGGUCGGGCUACGGGUGCAGCACCACGACGCCAUCCCUGGGACUGAGACGCCCAAGGUGAGGGACAUGUACGUGGAGAAUCUGAGCGCGGGGAUGCACGGCGUGCACAAGCUGAUGGCCUCCAUCGUCCAGGACAGGACCCCAGCCCACUCAGACCCAGAACGUGGGGGACACGUUGUCGUGGUCUUCAACCCCUUGGCCUGGACGGUCACCACCAUCAUUACCCUGACUGUGGACUCCUCCUGGGUCAGCAUCACCAAUGCGUCAGGCCACCCGGUGCCUGCACAGGUCCAGAAAUCAAGGGAGAAACAACCUACAUACGACCUGCAUGUGCUGACCAUUCCGGGCCUCAGUUACCGGCACUACAGCAUCAGAAGCACCGAGGGGGCCCAGACGGACAUCCACGAACCAGUUGCCACCAUAGUUAGUUCCACCCAGUUUGGGCGCAGGCCGUGGACGUGCACUGGUCCAGAGAUCAGGCACCUGUUGCGGGUGAAGAAUGACAUUAACACCGUGUUCCUGGACCGUGACACCAACCUGAUGCACAGCAUGUGGAAGAGAGAGAGUAACCGCAACAAUGAUACGGAUCCGCAGCCCAUUUCUAAUAACUACGCGUCUGCACCCAAUGAGACCGCGAAGCGCCCCCGGAAACCAGUGGGAAUGCAGAUUGUGGCGGGGGAGCUCAGGACCGAGAUCCGGCAGUACCCCUACAGGUGCCCUCGGGCUCCCCCAAGGUCGUGCGAGAGGGGUCCUCACUGCCGCCCUCCUUCUGUCCCUGAAGGCCAUGGAGGAAAGGCCAAGGCAGACCUCCGCCGCGUCCUGCUGUGGCUCCAGCACCUGUGUGAGGUCGGGGAGGACCCGGUCCUGUCUCAGCCUGUGACGGUGAAUCUGAAGGUCGUGCUGGGAGGGCUGGGUUCCAUGGUGGCCGUGGAGGAGCUCUCACUCAUGGGGACCUCGGACAUGAGCACCCUGUACCACUGGAGCUGGAGGACACAGGAGCUUUCCCAUCACAGAGGUUCAGGACCCCCCGGUUCAGGCCAUGCCCGGGAACCCCAGCCACCCCUGCAAGGCACCAAGGUCACCAUCCACCCAGAGGAAAUUCGGACAUUCUUCAUCCACUUUCAAGAGCAGUGA